AGAGAGGAAGGCUGGAGGAGAGUGGUGUGGGAGAAGAAUCUGAAAAUGAUUGAACUCCAUAAUCUGGAUCACACACUAGGAAAACACAGCUACAAGUUGGGAAUGAAUCAGUUUGGUGACAUGACGACCGAGGAGUUCAGGCAGCUGAUGAAUGGCUAUGCACACAAGAAGUCACAAAGAAAAUACAGAGGAUCCCAGUUUCUUGAGCCCAGCUUCCUGGAAGCACCACGAUCCGUAGACUGGAGAGAGAAGGGAUAUGUAACUCCAGUUAAAGACCAGGGUCAGUGUGGCUCUUGCUGGGCUUUCAGCACAACGGGAGCUCUUGAAGGGCAGCACUUCAGAAAAACUGGCAAACUUGUUUCACUGAGUGAACAGAAUCUGGUAGACUGCUCUCGGCCUGAAGGAAAUCAAGGCUGCAAUGGUGGUCUCAUGGACCAGGCUUUCCAGUAUGUGCAGGAUAAUGGGGGAAUCGAUUCAGAGGAAUCCUACCCAUACAUUGCAAAGGAUGAUGAAGACUGUCGCUACAAGGCAGAGUACAAUGCUGCUAAUGACACUGGCUUUGUUGACAUCCCUCAAGGACAUGAAAGAGCUCUCAUGAAAGCGGUAGCAGCUGUGGGUCCAGUGUCUGUUGCUAUUGAUGCAGGCCACUCUUCCUUCCAGUUCUACCAGUCAGGUAUCUACUAUGAACCAGACUGCAGCAGUGAAGACCUGGACCAUGGUGUUCUGGUUGUAGGUUACGGCUUUGAGGGGGAAGAUGUAGAUGGGAAGAAAUACUGGAUUGUUAAGAACAGCUGGGGUGAGAAGUGGGGUGACAAAGGAUAUAUCUACAUGGCCAAGGACAGGAAGAACCACUGUGGAAUAGCAACAGCUGCUAGCUAUCCACUUGUAUAAUUUGAAGACUGAACAUUUCAGUGCAAGAGGGGAUUUUAACUCAAUGACCAAACCCAUGUUCACACAUGUGGUAGACUUGUAUCCUUCAAAAAUCAACUUGAUUUUUUCUAAGCUUUUGAAGUAUGUUUUACAUGUUGGUGACAUGCCACUUGUUUUAAAUUAAUGUAAAUGUUGGUAUGUAAACAGCUUGUAAUAUUGCUGGCUUUGGACUUCUUAAUCUAAUAGACUCUCCUUUGUAUUUUUUCCUUUUUUUAAAAUUGCAAUGUGCUCAAAGGUUUACUUUUUAAAUAAACACUUAAAUUCCAGUGUGUACAGA